AUGAAGCUCGACGUAUCGGAUGUACUUUACGACAGCUCGAGCGUGUCCAGCGACAGUGGCACGUCACAGAGCUCUCGCGUCAGCCAUGAUUUUCUCUCCAGCAUCGCGAACUCAUCCAUACUACCCAGCAACUUUUGAAAGCGAAACGCGCUCACAGAUGACGCAACGUGUACCAAGCGCAGGCUUCUACGAUACCGUUGUCGAAGACCAUAAUUACACCAUGUUUUCCAUGUACCCGCCAACCUCUAAUGUGCCUGACCCGUGGCAACCUAACAAAUUGGACAAUGUUAUG